CUGAAUAACAACCAAGUUUGCAUUCUUCUUAUAGUAGUAUAUUCUGUAUCAGGAAGAUGCAUUUCUUCUUCUAUUUAUAGUAUUUUGUUCUACGAUUUGACACUGUUUAUUGUCAAUAUUUCUUCGAAAUGGCCGCUACGUCUAGAUAUGACGCAAAUAAAGUUUGUUGUGUUUCUCAUCCAGAUGCUCCAUUAAUCGAGGAUUAUAGAGCAGGAGAUCAAAUAUGUUCAGAAUGUGGUUUAGUAGUUGGAGACAGAGUAAUUGAUGUUGGAUCAGAAUGGCGAACAUUUAGUAACGACAAAAAUGGAACAGAUCCUUCUCGUGUUGGUGGACCAGAAAAUCCUCUUUUGGGAGGAUCAGACUUGACGACUAUUAUCGGACCCGGUCGAGGAGAUGCUAGUUUUGAUUCAUUUGGAGUGUCUAGAUACCAGAAUCGUAGAACAAUGAACAGUUCUGAUAGGGCUUUAAUAAACGCUUUUAAAGAAAUAAACGCCAUGGCUGAUCGUAUUAAUUUACCAAGAACUAUUGUAGAUAGGGCAAAUAAUCUGUUUAAACAAGUACACGAUGGUAGAAAUCUCAAAGGUCGAUCAAAUGAUGCAAUAGCUUCGGCUUGUCUAUACAUAGCCUGUAGGCAAGAAGGGGUUCCAAGAACAUUCAAAGAAAUAUGCGCUGUUAGUAAAAUUAGUAAAAGGGAAAUUGGUCGUUGUUUUAAAUUGAUACUCAAAGCAUUGGAGACUUCUGUGGAUCUCAUAACAACUGGAGAUUUUAUGUCCAGAUUUUGUUCUAAUUUGUGUUUACCCAACAUGGUGCAAAGAGCAGCUACACAUAUUGCAAGAAGAGCUGUUGAGAUGGAUAUUGUGCCGGGAAGAUCUCCAAUUUCUGUAGCUGCUGCUGCUAUUUAUAUGGCUUCACAGGUGAGUACAAAAAGUAUAUUAUGGCAGUUAUUUUACUUUUUUGGGUCUAAAAAUCGCAAAAAUCGUCCAAUUUUUUUUAUUUUUGUUUUUACAGAUUUAUUUCUCUUUGUAAGGUUUUAUACCUUUGGAUGUUUGCAUAAAUGUAAAUCGUUCAUAAUUUUUUUGCAAAGAAUCAAAUGAAGUUUAAAUACUUAUUUUGUUUUUUUGGCUUUACAAAAUAGAAAACUGAUCCUGUUUUUAUGAUUUUUUUUUCAAAUCUUUCAUUAUAUGUUGAUUUUGUCAUAAAAAACAUGUAGAUAUCUGAUGUGAAGUUUGUUUUGAGAAAAAAUCGUAUUUUUGGCUCUAGAAAAUCGAAAAAUUUUCUGAAUUUAAUCUGAACUGAAGAAAGGGGGACAAAAUAGAUUCUAUUGUACCAAUUUUGAAGAUUAAAAGUUCCAAUUUGAUCAAAUUAACUGACAGUUUCUUUUAGGUACUUAGUUUCACUAUUAACAAUCUGUUUUGAUAAUUGAUUUGUAGGCUUCGGAAGAUAAGAGGAGUCAAAAAGAAAUAGGAGAUAUAGCGGGUGUUGCGGAUGUUACAAUAAGACAAUCGUACAAAUUGAUGUACCCCCAUGCAGCAGGUCUUUUCCCGCAAGAUUUCAAAUUUGCUACACCUAUCGAACAUUUACCUCAAAUGUAAAUCAUUUAUACUUUCUUGUUUUAUAAUAUCCAUUUUUGAUAAAGUUUGCAUAUGUUUGAAAAGGUAAGGGUUAAAAAUUACAGGGUUGCUUCUGCUUUUAAUCGUAAAAAAAAACAAAUAGCGAAGUAAAACAAAUUUAUUUUCAGGAUAUUGUAUCACAAAAUGUAAAUAAAUUGUAGAAUCUUCAAUAUUAUUGGUUUAAAUGAAUAUAAACAUUCCACUUAUACGAAGACUGUACAGAAAGUAAUGGAUUGUGUUAUUUAUAUACUUGAAGUAUUAAUUAAAAAAAUUUCCAUCUGACAGACUUUGUAUUAUAAAAAUUCAUGAUUCUUUUACCCUUGAUUGUAUUUAUAGUUAGAAAACGGGGGAAAUUCAAUCACGGGUCUCUUUCACUACACUAAAUGGUAAGUUAUUACCAUAUUGAAACGUCUGUUACUUUCUGGACAAACCUUUAAAACAUAUUUUCAUUUAGGCAACUCUAGUAUUCGCAAAAGUAGCUUUUGAAACAAAAGUGUGUAUAUUAUAAAAAAAAAAACAUUUAAAAGUGAAUUUUCUUCUAUAAUCUUCCUAUUAAUGAAGUUUCCAGCUCGAUUUGGUUUAUCUUGUCAAUGAAAAUGUUUUGUUUUGUUUAAAAAAUUUUUGUACUAGGCUCGGAUAAAGUUAAUAAUUUUUUUUCUGUAUUUGUAGUGAAAUGUUUUAUAAUAGAUUAUUAAAUAAUAAAAGUUUUUUUUCAA